AUGACUAGAGGCGUCAAGCGGAAGCGCGGGGAGCACGAUUCCGUGGACAGGCAACUCCUCGGCUCGUCGGCCCACGUCCCGCCUGUCCAUCGGGAUCUGCUGCAGCAGUGCUAUCCCAAGGUCCGGACGCUGCGAGACCAUGCCAUCUCCAAACUCCCGGGCGGCUCUAGGCUCCGCCGAAGGAAGAUUGCCUCUUUGGGCAGUGGAAAGGACUGCAGCGAUGCCGAGAUGACCCUCGCACAUGUCCUCGACACCACGCUCAUCUGUUCUUCCGAAAGCCCGCCACGCAGCGACGGAAGUGCGUACCAGCAAUUCUUGUCCUUUUCCCAGCAGGGGGACGAAUCAUAUGUCUCCCUCUCAGACGGAAUAGCUGCAUCGACCGAGGCACAGUCCGAGAUUGUCGACUUUGUCAUAUGGCUACUCUUCCAAUGGGAGGUGAGAGCUUCGACGCGGCCCAAGCACCUUCUGUGUGAUGGCUUUCGUCGAGGGGCCAGGGAGGGUGACUUGGGCGGCCUCAAGAUUCCUGGCAUAUACAGCCUCCAUCCCAACCCUCACGCAGCGGCGCUCAAACAGGCUCCUUGGCCGCAUCUAUUGCUCUUGUUGGGGCAAUCGGGCCAGCGACUGAUGGUCGACUUGCUCAUGGACUGCUCCAUAUUCUUGGCCCUCGAGGCAGGUUCAGGCAACUACUAUCAGUUGAGCGGAUCCCCUUUGUCUGAGUUAGAUUUAUCCAAUCGCUCACUCACUUCUCGCCACGAAUCCCACGCUGUGGCGCGGAGGAUUUCGGAUAUUGCAAUCAUGAGAAGGCACAUCUUCUAUGCUAAACCAGAAUUGACUGCUCUUGGUCGGGCUCAGCCUGGCUACAGAAGAACUCCAACAGACAUUCUCAACAGAUGCCCCCAUGUUCGGCAAUCUCCGCAGCCGCAAGAUGGUUCGUUUGUGUCACAGCUUGACGCAGAAAACCACAACGAAGUGAGCACGAGGAAGGUCAUGAUGUACAUCUUCCCGCGACAAUUCGGAUUGCACAACGUCUUCACCUCCAAGGUCGAUACUGCACAAAGGCUUGGAGACUACAUGUCGCGGGAGGAAGAGAUUGCCACUUUGAUCCCGCAAGGCAACAACUCGGGUGGCGUCCCGCCGCCAAAGUUGCCCAGGAGGCUCAGGGGGGCUGCCAGGCACCUUGUGCGACGUCUUCAGAUUCUGCAUGGUCGUUGCUCGUAUGCCAAAACUCUCCGUCAUUACUGCCCGACUCAUCUCGACAAAUGCACCAAGCCAAAGCAGGAGGGCUCAAGACAAGAUGUUGCGAAUGGGAGCACGACUAACUGUUCAACACCAAUGCGCACGUCGCUGCCCUCGAAGCAAACGCCACUCGUCGACUUGGCCUGCCCAGCCUCUUGCGUUUCAGCAUUUUGCCAGGCCGUCCUGUCCAAAAUCAUACCCAAUGAGUUUUGGGGGGACGGUGAAACUCUGUGCCACAACAAGGCGGCAUUUCUUCACAAAGUCCAUCACUUCAUCAAACUGCGACGGUUCGAGUCCAUGACGUUGCACGAAAUUUCCCAGGGUUUCAAGGUGGCAGAUCUCGCCUGGCUUCGGCCGCCUGGCCACGAUGACCAAAAGCUUGGCCAAUCCGACAUCAACAAACGACGAGAGAUUUUCUACGAGUUCCUGCACUACAUCUUCGACUCACUUCUGAUACCCCUGAUCCAAAGCAGCUUUUACGUGACCGAGUCCAACACGCAUCGUUACGAAGUGUUUUACUUUCGUCAUGAUGUAUGGAGGCUCAUUGCCAAGUCUACAAUGGCAGAGCUCAGGGGCAACAUGUUUGAAGAGAUGAAGCUCGACGAAGCACAGCGGAUUUUAGACUCGAGACGGCUCGGAUAUGGUCAAUUACGGCUGUUACCCAAAGGUAACAACGUCAGGCUAAUCACGAAUCUCCGGAGGCGAAAUCCUAGCAAAGUUUCGCCAAGAGCCUUGGAACCUAGUAUCAACUCUGUACUGGGACCUAUCCAUACUAUUCUCAAGUUUGAAAAGGAUGCAAAUCUACGCAGACUGGGCUCGAGCCUAUACUCAGUCGGCGACGUGUACCAGCGACUGAGACUUUUCAAGGACUCUUUGGGACCUGGACAACGGCGCUUCUACUGUGCCAAGGUGGACGUGCAUGCCGCCUUCGACACGAUCCCUCAAGGCGCAGUUGUCAAACUUAUGUCCGGCGUUCUCAACAGACGUCUGUACACCGUUACAAAACACGCCGAGGUGCAGCCUGGCGAGCGCGCAAUGCCUGAGCCGCGCAAGACGGCCACCAGCAUCCGCAAACGAUGGUGUGCCACCGCUGUGGCAGACGGCCAUCAUCGACCACUCUUGGAACUAUUGGAGGGCAAGCUCGCCGGGUGCAAGAAAGAUACUGUCUUUGUCGAGAGCGUCGCGCAAAAGGCUUACAAUUCUGGGUUUCUCGUCGACCUCUUGUCGGAGCACGUGGAAUGCAACCUCGUCAAGUUUGGCAGCCAUUUUUUCCGACAGAAGAGGGGCGUGCCUCAGGGGUCGGUUCUGUCGUCAUGGCUGUGCAAUUACUUCUAUGCCGACCUUGAGUCGCGUCACCUGGGCUUUUUGCAAGCGCCUGACUGCUUGCUGAUGAGGCUCAUUGAUGACUUUCUCCUCAUCACGCUCGACAAGUCCAAGGCUGUUGAAUUCGUUCAAAACAUGCAUAGGGGGUUUCCCGACUACGGUGUCGAGGCGAAUCAAAAGAAGACCCGGGUCAACUUUGAUAUGCACAUCGGCGACGACGCAGUUUCCAAGGUCUCCGGGGGGGGGGGGUUCCCUUACUGCGGCUUGCUCAUUAACGAUCAGUCGCUGGGUAUCACCAAGGAUCGGAUCCGAAGCGAUGGAACUACCGUCUCAAGCUCGCUCACAGUUGAAUUUGGUCGCUCGCCGGGUCAAAACUUCCAACGCAAGGUUCUUGCCGCCUUCAAGGCACAGUCUCAUUUCAUGUUCUACGACUCUUCUCACAACAAUAAGGCCGCCGUCCUCCACUCGCUCAGCGAUGCAUUCAGCGAGACUUGUCGCAGGAUGUGGGCUUACAUCCGUUGCUUGUCUCGGCCGCAGCGACCCCGUAUCGGCCUCGUCAUUCAAACGAUUGUCAAAGUCGCAGAUGUCGCCUUUGUUAUCCUGUCCAGCAAGUCGAGAAGGUUGCGGUACUCGCACUAUUCUUUUGGCAUCCGGAAGGGACAAGUUUCAGGCAUUGCCUUUGCGGCCUUUUUAGAAGUCCUCAGCCGGAAGCAGACGGGAUAUGGCCCAGUCAUCUCGUGGCUACAGAAACAGCAGACGAAAACAUCAACGUGA